UGACCUCCAGCCAGUCCAAUGACAUCACGACGUUCCGGGUUCAUUCAUGCGGGAGCAGUUUGAGAGGAGCACCGACGCCUCUCCAACGCUUCGGGGGUUUUAAUGGAGGCACGGACGAGCUGCUGACCGAACACCCGACGGAGGGAAGCGGAUCGACGAGAUGUCGGAGGAGAAACAGUCUCCGGAUGGGAAUGGGAAGGUUGGUCGGGUCAUCCGGAUCGGAACCCGCAAAAGUCAGCUGGCUCGCAUCCAGACUGACAGUGUGGCGGAGAAGCUGAAAGACCUUUACCCUGACAUCCACUUGGAAAUAGUUGGCAUGUCAACGACAGGAGACAAAAUCCUUGACACGGCGCUAUCGAAGAUUGGAGAGAAGAGUUUGUUCACCAAAGAGCUGGAGACUGCUCUGGAGAAGAAUGAGGUUGAUCUGGUUGUUCAUUCACUGAAAGACCUUCCCACCACUCUGCCUCCAGGAUUCACCAUCGGAGCUGUGAUGAAGAGAGAAAAUCCCCAUGAUGCAGUGGUUCUACAUCCAAAAAAUGCAGGGAAAACUCUUGAUUCUCUGCCAGAAAACAGUGUGAUCGGCACCAGUUCACUGCGCCGCGCUGCUCAGCUGAAGAAGAGAUUCCCCCACCUCGUGUUCAAAGACAUCCGUGGAAACCUGAACACACGUCUGAAGAAGCUGGAUGAGAAAGAGGACUUCGCUGCCAUCAUCCUGGCUGCUGCUGGCCUCAGGAGAAUGGGCUGGGAGAACCGGAUCAGCCAGAUCCUGGAGCCUGAAGACUGUAUGUACGCUGUUGGACAGGGGGCUCUGGCAGUGGAGGUACGGGCCAGAGAUGUAGACAUCCUGGAAAUGGUGUCCGUCCUUCACGACGCUGACACUGUGUUGCGCUGCAUAGCCGAGAGAGCUUUCCUCAAACAGCUGGAGGGUGGCUGCAGUGUUCCAGUGGCUGUAAACACCGAAAUAAAAGACUCACAGCUCUACCUGACGGGAGCAGUGUACAGCCUGGACGGAUCCGACAGUCUGAAGGAAACCAUGCAGACUAGCAUCGCUGCUACUGCUGACAAGAGCUCAGAAGAGGUGGACGAGCAGGUCCAGCGAGUGGGAGUGACAGCCACCAAGAUCUCUGGUGAAGCUCAAGACAGAGCUGAGUGUUUGGGGUUGAACCUGGCCAACUUACUGCUGAGCAAAGGAGCCAAGGAGAUCUUGACAGUGGCCAGGCAGCUCAAUGACGCAAGGUAAUGCUGCUCCGCUGAGGGGCGGGGCCACGCAGCUGGCUGGGUCCUCACAGUCUUCUGUCAAGUAAAAACUUGAAUUCUGUUUUUUUUUUUAAUGUUACACAUUUAAAUUGAGCUAAAAGUGUCAAAUGGUGCCGUUUAUUCCUUCUGCACCAGAUGAGCUCGUUCAGCAGCAAAUAAAUUGUUACACUACUUGGACCAAUGUUGUGCUCAGUCUAAUAAAAUGUCUCCUGUCAAUAUCAGUUUGUUCAGAGUCAAUGCAGGGUGCAGCACUCUUGGUCUUGGUUCCAGCCUGUUCUUACAUAUAGUGCCUCAUGGAGCUAUCCUCAGAGUCACCGACAAACCGCCUGUGAUGAACAAUCGGAAGCAAAAAAAAGGCCUUCAAACACUGACACAAACCCGACCCUCAGCACUUAGGCUACAUCCAUACUAUUACAAUUUAGUUUGAAAGCUGUUUUCAAGCUAAAACGAUCUCUGUCCACAUCAGUUCAGUCAUCGUCCAUACUAGCACCCCUGAAAAUGCAUAUCACAUAACCUCUCAUGUACACUGGGCAUGCAGGCGCCGCUCUACACAAAUAAUAGCUCGUCUCAUAAGCAUGUAAGCAGUUGUAUCUUUUUAAAAUACAGAGUCUAACUGCACAUCAAAUGUUAGCAAAAACAUCAGGGUCUGAGAUGAGAGCCUGACGAAUCAGAGGCUACAUCAUGACCGAAAAGACACAAUCAGCAAGUGGGUGUGUUUGUCAGUUUCUGUCUGUCCAGACUAAAACACAACCAGUUUUCAAAGUAAAAGACAGAAUAAGACCUAAAACUCCGGGGUAGUGUGGACGCCAGGCGCAUCCAUAUCAGACUUGAUGUGUUUCCAUGAAAAUGUAAUAGCAUGGAUGUAGCCUUAGAGUACCAUCACUGGCUGAUAUCCUCAUGGUGAAACCCUGCAUUGUUUUUAAAGCAUAUCUCUACACAUUCUUAAAUAUUUUUCCAGUAUUAGUUUCCACAAACAGGUAGAAAAGGGUUGUUAAACCAGAGUUCCUCUCUUAGCUUUUAUCUGCACUGGUUUGAAAAUAGAUGACAUGAUGGUACCAAAGACCAGUUUCAAAGCACAUGGGCACAUUCUCCGUGUUUUGGCUGGUAAUUAUACACUCGGCUCAUUUAGGUGUGAAGGUUGUGAAAUGUAAAUAUAAAUGUAAUUUCAGUCGUUCAUUCGUCAGCUCUAAACUCCCUGGAGGUCGAUGAUUUUCCACCUCCACAAGUUGAUCAGGUCUCAUCCACUGGAGUGUAUUGAGUUUCAUCAUGUGAGCCUCCUCACACUGAGGUUUUCUUUCUGCAUGAUCCUCAUUCAGCUCAUCUAGAUUGUAAUGAGGUUUACCACAUUUUCAGAGUAUGCUAGCUACCUCCACAGAGAGAGAAUUUAUUUCAUAUACAUGACGCUGUCCCGAGUAUAUUUCAUUAUAAUUUUUCCAGUUUUACUAAACCAGCGGAGAAUCCAUGUUAAGCUCUGGGGUUCUCCCUGCAUCUGCUCUCAGUUUUCUUGCCUCUGAUUUUAAGUGUGCUCUGGGCUGCCGUGUAGUGUUACCUUUUCCUGUUUAUGCUUUGCUGAUUGCAUCUUCAAACAAUGGUUGUAAUAUCUGUAUCAGACUAGACAGCAGACGAGGUUUUAACUAAAUGUAAAUGCUACAUUUGUGGUUAUACAGGAGUAAAAUGAACAGUUUAAAAGGUGAAGGACACAGACGCACAGCAACUUAUUAGCUGUCAUGUGCUGGCUAUGAGGGAUACGACUGUUGUGUAGAGUUAGUAAGCGAGACAGACCUUAUGUAACUGAAAAUAAUGCACAAUAUUACUCUAAACCUUAUCAGUAUAUUACUGUUGUAUCGCCACACUCUGAACACAUUAUGAACUCGGCCAUGUUGAUGGUACCAUGUUUUGCUGAAUCACAACACCUUCACCUACAUAAGAAAAAUCAUCAUAAUGACUCUGUAUUCAUUUUGACUUGUCAUAAUUACACCUGUGUCUCCUGAGAUGGAUCUCAUAUGUAUGGUUUAGUUGUCUUGAGAUAAUCUAAGUUAUUAUACAAUGAAUUUAAAUCAUUAAACUCAUAAAUAUUGAAUCUGUAUCUACACACCUGCACGGUAUUUAUGCUGUAAUCAUGAGUUGCUAAGUCAUAAAUACAACUUAAAUGAUUUUCAUCCAGACCUAUUUAAAAUGUAAGCAGUUUACAUGUUUUUCUAAUGUUACUGAUGAAAACCUGACGCUGUAGCAGACCAUAAUGUUGCCUAAUGAAAUAAACGUGUAUGAUUGGUCAGCUUUCCUAUAGUUUCUAUCAAAGUGCCAGCUGUAAUUUUUGCCUGAGUAAACUGUAUACGCUGCCUUACAACUGCAGAACUAAGAACCUUUCCUCUAAAAUCACAGUACAGUUAUUCUGCAGCAGUAAACCCACAGUCGGUAUGUUGUUGAUUGCCUUUGUUUUUUAGGUCUUUAUUGUGUAUUAUACUUAAUUUAAACCUCCUGAGACAGGUGGUAACAUCAGCCAUAAUUAUUUCCAGCUUUAAUUUCUGCUUGAGUUAACAUUCAAUGUUCUUUUAUUUAGAUUCUGUGUCACGGUAACUACAUGUUUUGCCACAUGUGGAAGUCAUGUCAAAUUAGAAACACUGAUGUGAAAUAGCAAAUGUCAAUAAAGAUGUGUGUGUUAUA